AUGAAUGCCUCCAGAGUCACAGAAUUCACCUUCUUGGGUCUUUCCAAAUCUGGACCAACUCAGCUCCUUCUAUCUGUCCUGGUUAUGAUGUGUUAUACUGCCAUUCUGUUGGGAAACCUCCUCAUUGUAUUGAUUGUGCGUAUAGAUUCACACCUUCUAAGGUCACCCAUGUAUUUUUUCUUAGCUAAUUUAUCCAUCCUUGAUACUGCUUUGGGUUCUGUAGUUGUUCCCAAGUUGGCAAUAGACUUGAUCACCCAAACCAGGACUAUCUCAUUUGGAGGCUGUAUGUCCCAGCUCUUCUUCUUACACUUCUUCGGAGGCUCAGAGAUGCUCCUUCUAACCCUCAUGGCCUACGAUCGCUAUGUGGCUAUUUGUCAUCCACUGACAUACACAACCACGAUGAACCAACGAUGGUGCAUUAGACUCCUGUGCUUCUGUUGGGCUGGAGGCCUCCUUCAUUCUUCCAGCCAAGUGUUCUUGGUCCUACGGCUGCCAUUCUGUGGGCCAAAUGAAGUGGACAAUUUCUUUUGUGAUGUUCCACAGGUAGUCAAAUUGGCUUGUGUUGAUACCCAAGUGACUGAGAUACUCAUGGUGGCCAACAGCGGCUUGCUCUCCCUGGUGUGUUUCGCCAUCUUGUUGAUCUCCUAUGGCAUCAUCCUGAGCACACUUCAAGGACACUUCAAGGAGAGUGGAGGAAAGGCUCUGUACACCUGUAGCUCUCACUUGAUGGUGGUUAGUCUUUUCUUCCUGCCUUGCCUCUUUGUGUACCUUGUUCCUAUCUUCAGCGCCAGUCUGGACAAAAUAGCAUCCGUAUUUUAUACCACAAUUACUCCUUUCCUUAAUCCUAUGAUAUAUUCUUUAAGAAAUCAGGAAAUGAAAGAGGCAAUGGGACGGGUGAAGAAGAAAUGCACUUUUCCUUAUUGGUCUUAG